GGUGGUGCCCAAGCGAACGCGUCAUAAAAACCGUAGAAGAAGAGCGGGAACGGCCAACAACGAAGAAGAAUUUGCAAUCCUCCACUGGCUUGAAUAAACAUGUUAAGAAGACAGUUUGACUGUAAUAAGUAGCCCGAUUGCACAUACAAUUUGCCGCAUUUAUGCGCCAUUAAGGGAGUAAUCAUACAUGAUCCGCUGCCCUUGUAUGGCGUCUCAUCAUCGCGCUAACGAAUGGAAAUCAGCUAGCAGGCUGGUGGUGGUCAUUGUGUGAAGGAUGCCGUUGGGCCUGAAGCCAUGCUGCUCCGUGUGCAAGACCAACUCGUCGUCCAUGUGGAAGAAGGGCCACCAGGGCGACAUUUUGUGCAAUAAUUGCUCGGUGAAGAGCAGCGGCGGCGGCUGCAGCGGCGCCGCUGGGGCGUCGGGGAGCUCCACGUCCUCCAGCGCCCAACCCAGCAAUGGAGGAGGCAAGCAGUCAAAACAAGAGAUCCACAGGAGGUCGGCACGCCUGAGGAGCACCAAAUACAAAGCGCCCGCCUCCGAGAAGAAGGUGUCCACCAAAGGCAAAGGCAGGAGGCACAUUUUUAAACUCAAGAACCCAAUCAAAGCGCCGGAAUCCGUCUCCACGAUCAUCACGGCCGAGUCGGUGUUUUACAAGGGCGUGUACUACCAGAUCGGCGACGUGAUCAAGGUGACGGACGAGGAGGACGGGAAGGCGUACUACGCCCAGAUUCGAGGCUUCGUUCAGGACCAGUACUGCGAGAAGAGCGCCGCGCUCACCUGGCUCAUCCCCACGCAGGCCAGCCCCAAAGACCACUUUGACCCCGGCACUUACAUAUUGGGUCCGGAAGAGGACCUGCCCAGGAAGAUGGAGUACCUGGACUUCGUGUGCCACGCGCCGUCCGAGUAUUUCAAGUCGCGGAGCUCGCCGUUCCCCACCGUCCCCGUGCGUCCGCAGAAGGGCUACAUCUGGACGCACAUCGGGCCCACGCCCGCCCUCGCUGUCAAAGAGUGCGUGUAGCCAACGGGGACUCGUAAUAUUUGUACAGUCGUGUGUUCAUAUGUAUAUGUUUAAAAAAAAAAAAAAAAAAAAACACUGGUUCGGAACCACCAAUUUCCAGAAGUGUCAAAGGCUUGUUUGCAUUAAGACCAAAAUGUGACGACAC